CCUCCCCCUCCCCUUCCAUCAUUUUCCCAUCUCUUACUCACUCUCUUCCCUACAACAAACAUGGCCGCGAAAUCUGAUGGUGCACCCGUCUCUCUACGAAACGAAAUCCCACCCGAGUGUCCCUCCAGGUCGGACCCGCGGCCUCCCCAGCGCCGCCCCGCCGAGCAGCGCUACUCCGUCCCGGACUGCUGCUGGACGCUGUGCGCCCUUUUGGUCUUCUUCUCGGACGGGGCCUCAGACCUGUGGCUGGCCGCGGACUACUACCUAAGGAGGGACUACUGGUGCUUUGCGCUGACUCUGGUCUUUGUGAUAGUCCCGUCCGUGGUCGUGCAAGUGUUGAGUUUCCGAUGGUUCGCCUACGAUUUCUCGGAGACCGUCGAGAGCGGCACGGCUGCGGCCGCCGUGGUGGCGGCGUCGGGAGCGGAGGAGAGCGACUUCAGCACCAAGGACAGCGGCGAGCGGGGCGCUGGCCGCACCGCCGCGGCCGGGGUGCUGCCAGGGCCGGGCACCGGGGGAGGAGCCCGGGGCUGCUGCAGAGUCUUCAUGGGGCUCUUCCAGGCCAUCAUUCACAUCUUUCAGCUGGCACAGGUCUGGAGGUACGUCCACGCCCUGUAUUUGGGCGUGCAGAGCCGCUGGCACAGAGAUCCAGAGCGCCGUCACUACUACUGGCGCAUGAUGUUUGAGAGCGCGGAUAUCAGCAUGCUGCGUCUGCUGGAGUCCUUCCUGAAGAGCGCCCCCCAGCUGGUGCUGCAGCUCAGCAUCAUGAUCCAGGCCAGUCAGGUGUUGCCCCUUCAGGGGCUUUCAGCUUCUGCCUCGCUGAUAUCCCUCGCCUGGAUGAUCGCCUCCUAUCAGAAGGUUCUGAGGGACUCCCGAGAUGAUAAGCUACCCAUGACCUACAAGGCCGUCAUAGUUCAGAUCCUGUGGCACCUGUUCACCAUCGGGGCCCGCACUCUGGCCUUCGCCCUCUUCGCCUCCGUGUUCCAGCUCUACUUUGGCAUCUUCAUCGUGGCCCACUGGUGCAUCAUGACGUUUUGGAUAAUUCAAGGCGAAACGGACUUCUGCAUGUCCAAAUGGGAGGAGAUCAUCUACAACAUGAUGGUGGGUAUUGUGUAUGUUUUCUGCUGGUUCAGCGUGAGAGAGGGGCGCACUCGCUGCAGGAUGCUCAUCUACAGCCUGACGGUGUUCGUGGAGAAUGUGGCGCUCACCACUGCCUGGUACCUGUACCGCAGCCCUCGUACCUCAGACUUCUACGCCGUCAUUAUGGUGUGCGUGGUGGCCAGCAGCUACGCCCUGGGCACCUUCUUCAUGUUUGUGUAUUACUGUCUGCUGCACCCCGACGGCCCAGUCUCUGGGUGGGGCUAUAUUGUGGAGAAGGAGGUGCCCGUGGAGUUGCUGGCCUCCCCAGCUUCCAGCCUCCCCCCUGACGUGGUGAGCAGCCCCCCCAGGACCCUCCAGAGAACUAAAGGCUCCGACAGAGAGCAGGGGCCUGGGAUAGACGGAGACGUGUUUCAGGUACGACCACCUCGGGGAGCUCAGGCCCCGGUGACCCACCUCACACCCAGGACAGAGGGGCCUGUCAUCCGAAUAGACCUGCCCAGGAAGAAGUACCCGGCAUGGGACGCUCACUUCAUCGACCGCCGGCUGCGUAAAACCAUCCUGGUGCUUGAAAGCGCUGCCCCGGUCACGCCAAGGAUUCAGUACCGCUGUCUGGGCACACCCAAAGAAGUGAUGGAGUACGAGACCACCGUGUGAUGUGCUGAAGGUGCUGUGACUCAGCUCACCACUGUGUGGACAUCCGGCCUUAAAUAAAAUGGCAGGUGGAUGACUCUCACAGAGCAGUCUGUUUCCGCUCCACGCCUACUUGAAUGCUCUCAGUACUGUCAGGCAGCGGAGACAAACAGGAGAAGAAAAGGGGGCCACAAAGGGAGUGUGGUAUUUUUUACUAAAGGCAAAGUGCUGUGAUGUGGUCUAAUGAUGAUGGUGCAUAUAUUCGGUUUCUGUAUCAUUUCUCAGGUCAGGAUGUGGUACAGGAAGCAAGUCGACAUUAGCAGCGACGCUCGCUGUCCAGUGAGCUUAGAGAGAAGCACAGGUAGAAGUGGAGCUGUACGAUUAUCAAUAAGAGGCAGAAAGUCCUCCUCAGCGAAGGUGCUUCAGCACAUCCUCUCAAGGCGGUCGACAACAGAGACGAGCCUUCAACAUGCAUGAUUAUUUAUGGCAGCUAGAACUCAGAGAAAGAGAUGGUAAACUCUCACCCAUAAUUUAAAACACAAUCUACAAUAAAUACAAUAUAGGCACUGAUAAUCAUGGUCAUGAUUUUCCCAUAGCUUUUCACUCAUGUUGAAGGAGUCUCUGAGAAUGCUGCUGCAAAUCUGAAGGGCGGUUCAAAAGCAACAUUUGAGUUGAAUGUAAAAAACAGUUUGAAAAUGUGAUUAUUUGUGACGAGGCUUUGAGCAUUUUCAUGCUGUUGGUGGGAUUUACAACAUUCCUGUGGUACUAUAUUUCUUUUUUUUUUUUUUAAGGUAAGCUAGAACAAAAAAAGAGAUUUGUGUGUGUUUACAAGCAAUCCGUUGUUUUUGGGGACACGCCAUCAUUAUUAUAACAGGAUGCACCUUCAUUCAGAAUGUGUACGUACCGAACAAAUAACUACGUUAUAAUUUACAUUUACAUUUACAGGAGGAAUUCUACUGGUAGGACAGCUGUAUUUUCAUACUGCAUCCAACUUACACAACGGAGGAAGCAGGGCAGACAUUCAUUUCCAUGUAAAUUAAACUGUAGUAUGAAGGGGACGUUACAGAGGGACAGCACUGUCUGUAAUUGUACUGUAUCCAUAUUUUAUUGUCUCAAAAUGUAAAAAGGAAAAAAAAGAAAAAAUUGCUCCAGACUCCUAAGAGAAUAGCUUUGAUAUUAUUGAUGGUACAGGCAUGUGGUACUUUUGGUAACACUUUAUUUUACAGGUCUGUUUGACUUUUGAUAUAAAUUUUAGGGAAAAUAGAGAAAAUUUCAUGUAUUUCCUUGACAGUAUUUAAACACACUAAUUUUAUUCUUCUUAUAUGUUGAAUUUCAAACUCGCCUCUUUGCAUAUACACUGACUAAAGGAGGUUACACUAGCUUAGCUUUUAAUUGGAACUGAUUACUUGGUAGUUUGCCAAUUAAACAGUCUGUUUCCUAGUUAUAAUUAAUGCUAAAUUAUAUAAGUUAUCUCCAGGUAGCUUCCUUUGAAUAAUAUUAAGAAUUAUCGGACUUGUAAAUUAAAGCGUUACUGUACUUUCUUUUAUCAGGGUUGUUUUUCUAUUGAAUAGUCACAAGAGGGAACAUUUCUGAACCUGUGUGUGUGUGUGUGUGUGUGUGUGUGUGUGUGUGUGUGUGUGUGUGUGUGUGUGAGCUCACAUACCAGCAUGUGUAUGGGUGUGUGUGUAUGUGGGGGAAAGGGGAGGAGGAAGGAGUCUUGCCAUGUGCAUUUAAGUUAAUUUGAAAUUGUGUCACUGAGAUAUGACAGUUUUGUUGUAAACACUGUCCAGUCAGCUCAUUUUUCCCAGAUGACACUGAAAUGAACAAAUGGCCCACAGAGCACCUUUACCACCUCCACCCCUCGUUACAGUAACAAAGCCAGAGGGGGCUUCUACUAUGGUGCUAAAUCCAUCACCUAAAAACCACAUGGUGUACCAUAAAAUGGGCGUGUUAUGGCAGGAGUUGGGCGAGGCUGUACCUCAAACACAAAGCUAGAAUCAAAAAGCCUUAAACUGGUCAUGCCAGACUGUUGCUGUUCAGAGCAAGAAAAAAAAAAGAACAAGAAGGUGAAGACAAUUUCAUUUUGUUGUUGUUGCUAAAAUAAAGAGCAAUGUGUUUACCUGA